AUGUCUUCCGAGCAGCCACGUCGCCGAUUCGAUCCGACUCCUGUUGAGACAUCUUCCAAGUCGAAUCGUCAAUCAGCUCAAUCUGAAGAGAACACCGCUCCACGGAAGUUCAACGUCCAGCCAGCCGAGACUACGACACGAAGCAGCAAGGACGGCAACACAAAUGGCCAAGGUGUCAAUCAGCCCUCGCCGAGGCGUUUCAGUCCAACACCCGUCGAGACAAGCACAAAGAGCUCAAGGGAAACACAACAGGCACAACAACCUGCUAGAAGGUUCGCACCAGAGCCAGUCGAGACCAGUGUGAAGAGCAGUAAAGAUAAAGAACAAUCACCAUCACAACCCGCUAGGAGAUUCGCUCCAGAGCCUGUCGAGACAAGCACCAAGACCAAUCGACAGUCGGAUCCACCAGCAGAGAAGCCCAAAUCACGCCUCCUACCACAACCGAUAGAAAUGACAUCCAACAGCAACCGUGCAAAGUCAAAGUCUCCUCAAUCAAAUUCUCCCGCAACAAAGUCUCCCGCAACAAGGUCUCCUGCAACCAAAUCUCCUCAAACGAAAUCUCCGCCGAACGAAGCAGUAUCUCCUUCGUCGCAGCCUCAAGAUGCCCCUGUCGAGAAACCAAAGCGCAAAUUCGCUCCUCAGCUCAUUGAUACGUCGAGUCGAUCUCGAAAGAACUCUGAUGAAAAGCCCUCAUGGUCUGCAAACCACAGAACCGACAUAUCGCCCGGAGAGGAGUCCAGGGUUGCAUACAACAACAUAGGUCAACAGAUCACCAUCGCCAACCGCGAAAACACAACUUCACCUACCGAGUACCCACGAUUCAUUUCGCCCUUUGCUCGCCGAAAAGAGCGUUCCGAUUCCGCUCGCAGUCACUCGUUCCGUAUGCCCGAACUUGAGACUAUCGAAAGCUCCGAGAGUGAGCCCAGUGCGCCACCAAGUCUCUCCACCAGUCCUUCGUCCAACGAUUUCUCGCUCGGAGCAGCCAUGGAGCCAAUGAAUCCUGCAUACAAGCAUGCUACGAGAAUUCGUGAGAGCGUUGAUGAAACCUUUAGCCGCUAUCUUCUCGAGCUUGAGGGGAGAAAGGCUCAGGCGAAGCUCCAAGAACAAGCGUUGGCAGCCUUCCCCAAUUCAGAUAUCCACGAGCCUGUCACACAUUUCAUGGAUGGUGAGAGUGAAGAUGAAGAAAUGGACGAUCGCCCUGCGACAUGGGAGGGCCACGAUGACGAUGAUUUCAUGAUGCAAAUCCGUACGCCGCAUGGUCGUGGCUCAACGCACGGAACAUACGAGGUGCGUGAGAUGCACCAGCACUUUGAAGAGAUGGAGCAAGAGCGCAAGGCUGCUGGUACAACGAGGAGAAAGUCUUCUGUAAAGCCUUCACCGUGGUGGAACCCUGCGGGUCACGACUUUGCUGGCUCCAGCUAUCCUGAUAGCGAGGCGCGAGCAAUGCGCGACAGAGCACGUCCACCCAUGCUUGGUAAUGAUCUGAAGUUCCCUCGCUCUGCUUCACCCGAACCUGCACGUUUCGACGUGACUCAAGGAUCCAAUCAAUUGCGUAGUCAGAUGUGUUAUCUGACUGAGCAGUCUCAAAUAGAAGUCUCGCCAGAAGGACUUUGGGGUGGCAAGAAGACAUCGAGGGACCCUUCUGAACAUCAGAAGUCCGUACANAAAAGUCAGCACACUAUCUACAGUCAGAAGAGCACGACUUCGCAGAACGGCGGUGGACUUUGGGGUGGAUUCUGCGUUGACGAUCGCAAGUCUGGCGAAAAUGGUCUUGCUCCUCCAACAUCUGGCACUCAAACUGGUCUGAUGACACCUGCAGUUGAGCCGCCGAAUCCGUUCGAGUCGGGCUUCAGCCUACCGCCAACAACCAUACUUCCUCAGACNCCCCAAACGCCGCCAGAUAAUGUUGACUUCGCCAAGAUCGACAUUAUUUUGAGUGAAGAUCAGGAUCUGGACGAGGUUAUGGAGCGCGAGUUUCCCGACUCGUUUGUCACACAAGUUUACAACUACCUCUCUCUAGGUUACCCGACCAUUGCUCGAGCCUAUGAUGAGGAGUUGUGCAAGAUUAGCCAUAUCCCUAUCUCUGAUCUUCGACAUGACGAUGAGAUUGCCAANAAGACGCCUCGUGGGUACAUCCGCUUAGGCGAGGACUUUGAAGGCAGAGGCGAUGGCACAGAUCAAUUGCUCGAGGAAGGUGGCUGUGCGAGAUGGACAGCGCUCAAGAAGUACAUUCGCGAAUGGGCACGCCAGGAAAAGAACAUGGUCAAGACUGGCUCAUCAGGCACAGGUCUGGGUGGUAACUGGGGCACUGGAGCUAGAAGGGGAAGUUGGGCAUGGUAG